AUGCCAGCCCUACAGCGCACACCACCACAGCGAGUAGGCCGCUCACCAGCCAAGCCAUACGCAGCUGUGCCGAAGCCAGCUUCACCGGCUCCCGAGAGCAAUACCACACCAACCCGCGCGCGCGCGCCUAUCGCUCGGCCAGACGAAGGCCAUGCGGCCGCCCUACCGCCCACCAGCCCUUUUGUACCGAGGGUGCAGAAGGUGAUGCGGACUCCUCCGGGCGGCUCGGCUCUAUCGUCGAGCUCGAUGGGUCCUCCCCCGGUUCCUCUCAUAUUUCCGCCUAGGGAGACACCGAUUACGGCGCCAGACGUGGACAUGGCGGAGGUGCGGAAUGACACGGACAUGUUUGUCGAGGAGCAGAUCGCUGCUGGGACCUCUACUGCGCCAAGGCGGUCCAUAUAUCCCGCUAUUCCACCAUCAGUCGACGUCCCGUCUACCCAUUUAGCCGCUGCAGAAGUCCCUGCAUCUACCACGCCUACCAUAUCGCCACAACCCCGCAGAUCGACUACACUUAUCCACUCUCCACCCAAGCCAGCGCCCAUCAUCCCCUCCACCACCGAAGCUGGACCAAGCACUCAACCUUCCAUUGCUGCUGCGGCGACUCCUGCGCCCCGGACACCGCGCUCUAGGCGGACUGCCAUCGCUGCGCCAAUGGAAGAUCCGGUACCGCUGAUGGAGGUGGAGGAGGCGAGUCAAUGGGGGAAGCGGUAUAGCAUCACGCUGGACACGCUACAACUGGCGAUCAAGAACGCCGCUGGCAAGUGGACCCGGAGAGAUCUCGAGGGUAUCUUCCCCUUAUUAGCCGCCAAGUUUCCCCAGGAGCUACGGCAGAUCCAUGCAGACGCGUCGACGUCUAUGCAGAAGCGUAUAGGAUCCGAAGCGAAAAUUCUAUUCGAGCACUACAAGGUCGGGCGGGCGAUGCAGAUGCUAGAUGGGGUAGUAAGGGACGCGCAGGAGUAUGGAGCGGAGAGUAAAGAUGUUCGACUCGACGCGUGGAGGCCAGACCUGUCACCCGAGGCUUUGACAGCAGCUGCCAAUCUGGGCUUAUACGAUGAGGCGUAUGAUCGCCUCAAGACUGAGUACCUUGCUCUCCAUGCCGACUGUUCUACCCGCUUUUCGUCUAUACAGGCGAAACAAGCACAGCUCGCCGAGCUGGAAAGUAGCGUCUCGGAGAGCGUGACUGAGCUCGAUCAAACUCUGCAAGCGCUGAAUGGGUUCCCGACUGGCGAGAUGAAGGAUUGGGCGGAAACUACGAUGGGUCGAUUGGAAGGGGGACGUGUGGUAGAGAAGGCGUGA